CUCUCUUUCCUCCCUCUUUUUUUCGGCGUGUUUCAGAAUGGCUACUCGCAAGGAAACACCGUCGACACCAACCGCCCCGAUGGCUGCCACGUCUCCGGGAGCAACUUUAGAUUCACCCGUGAAGCAGAUUCAGAUCGAAGGGCUGGUGGUCCUGAAGAUGAUCAAGCAUUACCAGGAGGAGGGUCAGGGCAGUGAGGUGGUUCAGGGUGUACUACUGGGCCUGGUAGUGGAGGACAGGUUAGAGAUCACCAACUGUUUCCCCUUCCCUCAACACACCGAGGACGACGCCGACUUUGAUGAAGUCCAGUAUCAGAUGGAGAUGAUGCGGUCUCUCCGUCAUGUCAACAUUGACCAUCUUCAUGUGGGCUGGUACCAAUCAACCUAUUAUGGAUCAUUUGUCAGCCGGGCCCUGCUGGACUCUCAGUUCAGUUACCAGCACGCCAUCGAGGAGUCUGUCGUGCUCAUCUACGAUCCCAUUAAGACCGCCCAGGGCUCCCUGUCCCUGAAGGCUUACAGGUUAACACCCAAACUGAUGGAGAUCUGCAAGGAGAAGGACUUCUCAGCCGAGGGGUGA